UGUGUGAGAAUGAAAAGAAAAACGCGUGUGAGACACUUUUCAUAGAAUCACAACGGCGCAGAUUCCGACACUGUCCUCACCGUACACACAACUUUGUUCUCACUUUUUAUUUAUACCAAAAACUGCAUACAAAUAAAUUAUCACUCCCAACCACUCUUCAAUUUCAUCUUCUCAAACCUCUCUCACUAUGUCCACCACUAACGAAGAUUUUCAAGUGGUAGGUGUUUCAAAUUGUUAUGUGUUCAAGAGCCAAUUGCAAGAGUAUGCACAGAAAGCAGGACUUGGCACACCUGUGUAUGAAACUACCAAGGAAGGGCCUUCCCAUGAACCUUCUUUCAGGUCAACAGUGAUUAUGAAUGAUGUUCGUUAUGAUUCUUUGGCUGGAUUUUUUAACCGUAAAGCAGCAGAGCAGUCAGCUGCAGAGGUUGCUUUGAUGGAGUUGGCCAAAACUGGUGAAGUUAACCAGUCUAUUACUCAACCUGUUCAUGAAACUGGAUUGUGCAAGAAUUUACUUCAGGAAUAUGCACAGAAGAUGAAUUAUGCAAUGCCAUUGUAUCAGAGCAAAAAGGAUGACACACCACCAGGCAGGGCACCAUUAUAUUCGUGUACGGUUGACAUUGGAGGGAUGCUCUAUAUUGGAGGAACAGCGAAAACAAAGAGGGAAGCUGAGAUAAAAGCUGCGAGAACUGCUUUAUUAGCUAUCCAGACAAAUGCAUCUCAGGCUUCUGAAAACCAGUUUGGCCAUUUGACUGUCAUUCCAUCCAGAAAAAGGGCAACGGAAUCUAUUGCUGAUGAGGCUUCGAAAGCUCCGAAGUCUAAGAAAUCACGCUUUAAAGGGAAAUAUUCCAAGAAGAAACCGCAUAGAAAUAAGAAGCGCCGUAUUAACGCUGACAAUGCUGGUGAUGAAGCAAAGAUCGAUAAUGGGGCAGAAUCACUGGCAAGUGCUAAUGAUGAAUCUGGCCUCCAGGAAAUCAAAUCUGAAGCAGCAUUCCCUUCAGAAGUCAUGAAAAAUUCUGAGAACGGAGUAUCAUCUAAUCAUCAUGAGAAAGAGACAUUAGCUGGUCUCCAGGAAAUCAAAUCUGAAGCAGCAUUCCCUUCGGAAGCCAUGCAGUAUUAUGAUAAUGGAGUAUCAACUAAUCAUCAUGAGAAAGAGACAUUAGCUGGCCUCCAGGAAGUCAAAUCUGAAGCAGCAUUUCCUUCAGAAGCCAUGAAGAAUUCUGAGAACGGAGCAUCAACUAAUUAUCAUGAGAAAGAGACAUCAGCUGGCCUCCAGGAAGUCAAAUCUGAAGCAGCAUUCCCACCAGAUGAAGCCAUGCAGAAUUCUGAGAACGGAGUGCCAACUAAUCAUCAUGAGAAAGAGACAUUAGGUGCCAUAAAGGAAGUCAAAUCGGAAGCAGCAUUCCCUUCAGAUGAAGCCAUGCAGAAUUCUGAGAACGGAGCAUCAACUAAUCAUCAUGAGAAAGAGACAUUAGCUGCCAUCCAGGAAGUCAAAUCUGAAGCAGCAUUCCCUUCAGAUGAAGCCAUGCAGAAUUCUGAGAACGGGGUGUCAACUAAUCAUCAUGAGAAAGAGACGUUAGCUACCAUCCAGGAAAUCAAAUCUGAAGCAGCAUUCCCUUCAGAUGAAACCAUGAUGAAUUCUGAGAAUGGAGUCUCAACUAAUCAUCAUGAGAAAGAGACAUUAGCUGCCAUCCAGGAAAUCAAAUCUGAAGCAGCAUUCCCUUCAGAUGAAGCCACGAUGAAUUCUGAGAACGGAGUCUCGACUAAUCAUCAUGAGAAAGAGACAUUAGCUGCCAUCCAGGAAAUCAAAUCUGAAGCAGCAUUCCUUUCAGAAGCCAUGACGAAUUCUGAGAACCGAGUCUCGACUAAUCAUCAUGAGGAAGAGAAAUUAGCAGGCGUCCAGGAAAUCAAAUCUGAAGCAGCAUUCCUUUCAGAAGUCAUGAAGAAUUCUGGGAGUGAUAUAUCAACUAAUCUUCAUGAGAAAGAGAUGUACCAGUCAUUUGUUUUGAAUAAUCAAGAGAAUUUUGAAAGUGGGAAGUUAACAGAAUUGCAAUCCAAAGAGAUCAAUAUUGGGAAUGUUGUCACAGAAGUGUCAUUUGCUCCCGAGGGAUACAUACUGGCGAUGAGCGUGGAGAUGAACAAACAGAAUUGCAAUGGAGAUAUGGUCUCUGGCGAAUGAUUGUAUUGAGAGGUGGGUUUUGUGGCUUCAGGUAUUAAUAUUAAUUAUUAAUUGAAUGAUUACAAUGGAAGAAAAGCAGACAUUCAUUAGAGGAGUAGGAAAGCUUGAGGAUUUUCAACAUUUUUUCUUUGUUGGCGUGUCACUCAGGAAAAUAGAGUAUAGGCUAUGAUAUAUGAACCAAAGCAAGUUGAUAAUUUAUAAUUGAUUAUGGUGUUUUAAACCAUUUAUUUACUUAUGGUAAUGCACUGUUAUAUUGAAUCUA